GGCCUUUUCUUCGCCCCAAGUGUGUUGCUUUGCUCUGUGUGUGUACAGGCCUGUGAGGUCGACUGCGUCGCUCACAAGAACGGGAAGCAAACAGACGAGGUACCACGAGAUGGAGGCAUGAGCGUGCGUGACGAUGGGCAGUGCGUAUACGCACUUAUUCGCUCUCUCGCGACGUGUGUGUUCGUUUUGGUCUGUGUGCUGCUGCAGGAAUACGCAGGAAUACGUGUGCGAGCGUGCGCGAGUGGAAGCUGCCGCGUGUUCUUGAGGGUGGGGGUCGUGGGUCUUGGCGCAUGAACGCACGAGUUCUUGUGUGGGUGUGCGUGUGUGUGUGUGUGUGUGUGUGUGUUGUAUAUGCGUUAUAUGUAUUCAGGUGGCAGCCUGAUCAUGACCCCAUCUUCCUUCAUCUUCCUUCGCGCGUCUUUGGAUGCGUCACGGUGUUGCUGAUCUGACGCACGGACGUAUCCAAGAUACCGGCCGACGUCGCGGGAUGUGAUUGCCUGGACGAGUAAAGAGCUUGCGAGUGCGGGUGUUGGACCCGAUGCCGUCCCGGGCACACUGGGCGAGCUGCGGCCGAUGGACCGGUUGGCCUUCGGGGCCUUGCGGCAGUUGGCGGCGGCGGGCAAGAUCAAGAUCAAGAAUCCGAGGAGCAUAGUGUGCCUGCUGAUGACAUGGAGGAGCUGCUGACAGCCGUGGGUGGGGAGAGGGCUGUCGAGAGCGUGGAUGUCAAGGUGCGCGGGAAGGGGCGGGAGCUGCCGUGGGGCGAGGACGCUGAGGCCAUCCCGACCCAUCACACAGAUGUCUGUCGAGCUUACCGGUGGGUGGGAUGGUGGAGGUGACAGACACAAACAAUUACGGGCCGACAAAUCGUUACAUGCUUCCUCAUCCAUCCAUAUCCCUUAUGUGUGUGCAGUGCCGGAUGAUGCGAGUGCCGCCUCGUUUGUCCACCGGAGCCUGGCAUCGAUGGUCAACAACGUCCGCGGCCUGCAGACGGUCACCAUCCAAGUCGGCUGCCUCGACGGCUUUGUCGAGCAGAUGAAGGCCCUGUGCCCCACGCACACCAUCGGCAACUUCGCCAUCGAGUUGGGAAUGGCCGGCACUGUCAACGCACACCUCAAGACUUGGUGA